AUGUCGCUCCGCCGAGUCGCCACCCAGCUCGCCGGCCGCUUCGGCGGCUUCUCGCAGGCGGAGAGCUCCGUGAGCAUCCGCGCCGCGCUGGAGCGCGCGUUCGCCACGGUCAAGCCUGACUGCAAGUACGCUCCGUCGCACGAGUGGGCCAAGGCUGAGGGCGACGUGGUGACGGUGGGCAUCAGCGACUUUGCUCAGAGCGAGCUCGGCGACGUCGUGUACGUGGAGCUGCCGGAGGUGGGCGACAGCCUGGAGGCGUCGGCGCCGUUUGGCGUCGUGGAGUCCGUGAAGGCGGCCUCGGACGUGUACGCGCCGGUGUCCGGCGAGGUGGUCGAGGUCAACUCGGCGCUGUCCGACGACCCGAGCAAGGUGAACUCGGACGCGUUCGGGGAGGGCUGGAUGAUCAAGGUGAAGGCCUCGGACGCCGACGGGGACCUGGGCAAGCUCAUGGACAGCGGCGCGUACGAGAAGCACUGCGACCACUGA